UGGCUGGAUAUCAGCACCUGAAGUGUUAGAAUGCAAGGAGGAUCAUCGCGAAUCGGCUAUGGUCUCAAAUAUCAGCUUCGUGUUUAAUCUCCUUAUUCCUCGAUUAUUCUGAAAUUUUUAGUAUUCCCCGAGUUUUUUUCGGAACUUCCUCGAGUCCUCGACCUCGAUUCUUUAUGACAACUUACAGGUAGGAACUGACCUUGGUCAGAUCCAGUUCCCUGGUUUCAAUAGGGUACCGUGACCCGCACCCCUAAAUAUACAGCGUGAUUUUCUCUCAUAUAAAAUCCACUUCCAGGACUUCUAGCACUGUCGUAUUGCGUCCCCUUCAACUUCUCCAUUGUAUUGCUGUAUAUAGGUCCACCGUGUGAACGAUUAGCGGCCUUCCAACUUUUGGAAGGAUUUUGGAAAGAUUCCAUUAGAGAUAUCACAAAGAGAAGGAAGCGUGAAACAUUGGUAAUUGGGUUGUUUGCACACAUCUGUUGUGGUCAUAUGAGCUCAGAUUCAUUAAUAAGGAAAUCUGAAAAGAAUGCGUAGGUCUCUAUGGAGGAUUCCAUAUCAGCGAAUUGCUAACACUUUAUGUGAAGCAAAGUUACAUGAAAAUGGACCUAGAAAUGUUGCUCUUAAAUUGGAGUUAUCCACUCUUACGACCUCAGGCCAUGGAAAAAAAUCGAUUACAAAGUCUAUGCAAUUGCAAAUUGUUGGUGCGCUCUGCAGAGGUGAGAGAAGCACAGCGUCCUCUCUACUUUCAAAUCUUGCCUGCAAAAAUCAGUUGCUAGGUGCCAAUGAUUUUGUUCAUAUUCUUCAGCACUGUGCAAGAUCACCGGAUCCUCUGUUUGCCAUGGAGACCUGGAGAAUGACCGAAGAAAAAGAGAUUGGCCUGAAUAACAGAUGCUACCUACUCAUGAUACAAUCUCUCUGUAAAGGGGGUUACUUGGAUGAGGCUUUUAAUCUGAUUAAUUUUCUUGGAGAAAAUCAUGGCCUUCAUCGUUUUCUUCCCAUGUACAAUUGUUUCUUGGAGGCCUGUGCAAAAAUGCAAAGUAUGAUUCAUGUGAAUCUAUGUUUGGAGUUGAUGGAGAGGCAAAUGGUAGGCAAGAAUGAAGGUACAUAUAGAGAACUUCUUGAGCUUGCGGUUCAGCAGCAAAAUCUGUCUGCAGUCCAUGAAAUUUGGAAGCACUAUAUUAAACACUACAAUCUCAGUAUACCUUAUCUCCGAAAUUUUACUUGGUCCUUUUCAAGGUUGAAUGAUUUAAACUCUGCAUAUGAAACAUUACAACACAUGGUAGCUUUAGCCAUGAAGAGAAGGCUUUAUAUUGAUAGGAAUUAUAAAAGAAGGAUGUAUUUUUUAAGAUUGGACAUCCCUAUUCCUUCAAAUCUCCCAUUGAGCUCACAGAAAGUUGACUUGGAGAAGUAUGAAGAUGUUUUUGCAUUGAAAAUGGACACUGAUACCAGAAACAAUGAACAAUCCAUUAAUUUUAACAGGGGAAUCAGUGAAGCUGGAAGUGUUAAAUUAUGUAUGAAAAAUAAAUUUAAUAUCAGGCGUGUUUUGAGAUCGUCUUCUAUCAGGCCUGUUUUGAGAUUGUCUUUCAGUAAUUUAAUAAGAGCAUGUGCACAAACUCAGAAUAGUGCACUAGCGGAGAAGUUAAUGUUGCAGAUGCAAAAUCUUGGGUUGCAACCAUCAAGCACAGCAUAUGAUGGCUUUAUUAGAGCUACUGUUUCUGAAAGAGGUAUCAUCAAUAGCAUGGAAGUGUUGAAGAUAAUGCAACAGAAGAAUUUGAAGCCUCAUGAUUCAACACUUCAAACCCUUUCAAUUGAAUCCAGCAAAGCUUUAGAACUUGACUUGGCUGAGGCUCUAAUGGAUCAAAUUUCUAUAUUGAAGAAUCUCCGUCCUAUCAAUGCUUUCCUUGCCGCAUGUGACACCAUGGAUCAACCUGAGCGUGCCAUUUCUAUGUUCGCUAAAAUGAAGCAAUUAAAACUCCAGCCAAAUCGAAGGACCUAUGAGCUUCUGUUUUCUUUAUUUGCUUCUGUGAAUGCCCCCCAUGAAGAGGGCAAUAGGUUGUCACAGGCAGACUGUAUGAAAAGGAUAAAACUCAUAGAGAUGGAUAUGGCAAAGAACGGUGUUCAGCACAGUCAUUUAUCAAUGAAUAACUUGCUUAAAGCCCUUGGAGCAGAGGGAAUGAUGAGAGAGAUGAUCCAGUAUUUACAUGUGGCAGAGAACCUUUUCAGUCGGAGUAACACUUAUCUGUUAACACCCAUCUAUAAUACAGUGUUGCAUUCACUUGUUGAAGCUCAUGAUAUUCACACAGCAAUAAAAGUAUUUCAAAAUAUGAAAUAUUGUAGUGUCCCGUCAAAUGGUGCAACUUACGUUAUAAUGAUAGAUUGUUGUAGCAGUUUAAGAUGCUUCAAAUCAGCUUGUGCACUAGUUUCCUUGAUGUUGCGUGAGGGAUAUAAUUUGGAGACAAUGACAUAUACUGCUUUAAUAAAGGUCCUGUUGGAGCAGGAAGAUUUUGAUGAAGCAUUAAAUCUGUUGGAUCAAGUGAGCACAGAAGGGAUUCAACGUGAUAUUCCAUUGUACAAUACCUUUCUUAAAAAGGCAUUUGCAAAGGGAAGGACUGAUGUAAUGGAAUAUAUUAUUGAGCAUAUGCGACAAAAUGGAGUACAGCCUGAUGCAACAACCUGCUGGUACAUGUUUGGUGGAUAUGUGGAGCGUGGCUUCUACAGCACGGCUGUAGAAGCAUUGCAGGUCCUGAGCGUGCGAAUGCUUUGUGAAAAUGGUAACACUACACAAGAAAAGAGGAUAGAAUUUGAGGAUCUCAUCCUUGCUGACGAUGUAGAAGCUGAGUCAAGAAUACUUCAGUUUUACAAAGAUUCUGACUGGAAUAUUAUUGCUGCGCUUUUGCAAUUAAGAUGGUGCGCUAUAAUGGGGUUCCCAACUUACUGGUCAACUGAUCAAAGUCUAUGGAGCAAGCGGCUCUCAAGCUUAGUAUAAUACCGGAAAAAGCUGACUACUUGAUGGAUGAAUGAUGACAUGAGUCUUCCUAUCAAAUUACAUAUAAAAGGCUGCCCAGAAAGGCUAUGCAAUUUUGAUUAAAUUGUAGUGCAGGCGAUUACAAGGUUCAGAAAUGGCAGAAAGUUGCCCAGGAAGAGUAUUGGAGCUCACGGGUUACCAUGCUAUCUCUGUGACAGAUGUUCCGGAUAAGUUAUCCUAGGCAUCAGGUGGUUCUAGGUUAUAUACUGGUUGAGUAGGCUCAUUUUGAUCGGAGCUGACCGGAUGUUUACUCUUGACAAUACAUUGGAAGAGCAGUUUACAGAAAUCUUUUUAUACUUAAUUUUUGUUCAACUGAAAUCUCGUUUUUUGAUAGAGUUAAGUAUCCAAAACGAGUAUACAUAGUUUUAUUUUAUUUUAUAAUAUUUGUUACAGUUUUAAACCAAUGUUAUUCUGAACUUGGAGGAAAUGUUUUCAGCAGCAUUGACUGAGCUAA